GAGAGGGACGACGGAACUGUCAGUGCUGCAUCGGUCCUCCUCGCAUAAGGACUGCGGAGAUCAUCUGUGACUACCUCUCUCGCCGAGUCCUUUUUCUCGACACGACAAACGAAAACAUCUUCCAUUGGACGAGUGAUCGCAAAGUAAUAGGCUGAAAUAUGGCAGCAUCACAAGCAUCGUCACGUCUUGAGAUGCUACAGGCCCGCUUCCAGCAGAAGCAACUCCAGGAGAAGGAGCAGAAGCUGCUGCAACUGUACGAUCAGCAACAGCAGCGAGCCUAUCAGGUGGUACAACGAGGUAGCGCGGGUUCCAACAGUUCUAAUCACGGCGGUUCCUCUAGAACUACAACGACGACGACGACCUCGACCUCGCAAGGUGGUAAGGUGAGACAAAUGUUCGAUGAGAGACGGCAAACCACCGUCAAAGGAAUCGACAGGAGUUACCCGUUGGAACCCCUCGAAAACAAAUUACGGAAGCAAACGAAUACGAACGGUUUGGUGACGCAAAGGAACGGCAAUUCAAUGGUGAAUCGGCAAUCCGUGAAACGCGUAACGCGCGCGGAUGUCAACAGUAAUGUUAAUGGCGGCAAACCCGUCGUUUCGUAUCACGAAGAUAUCAUACGCGAAUCAUCCGUACGUCGUCACGAUGAUGAGGAUGAAUUCGGAGUGGAGAAUCGCGUCACCACAUUCGGUAAUGGAUAUUACCGUCAAGAAACUGACUAUAAUGAGCAAGAAGAAGCAUUAGAUCAGGAAACGUUGGAGAGAAAUCGCAUGAUGGCAAAGAUCCAUUUAAUGGGAUUCGAUGAGAGUCUAAAACAUCACGUGAGGAACGAUUUGGAAAACGAGGAAUUCCCGGAAUACCUCACGGAUGUACCCGAUAAGCUUCCAAAGAGAAACGUCACGAAAAAAUUAACUCAAGCGGAAGCGCGACUCGAGCGAUUCAAGAAUACGAACGCGAAGAGGAGCAACAUGCCGAAACAAUUAACUUCGAACGGCGUGAUAAAAAAGCGAUUGGAACAAACGAUUCCAGCAAAAUCGAACUCCAGACGGAGUGAGAUCGUCGGAACUUCCCCGACCGACACAAGGAGCGGAAGUAGUCGGAUUUCAGAUCGCAGUCAAAGGCUUCUUGAAAAUGUGAAAAAUUUUCUGCCAGCUGAAACUCGCGUAGUCGAUAAAAUAAGUAAGAGAAGAGAAAAAUUGGAUACCGAAACGUUUAACCGACGCGACAGUCCGCAAAGCUUUUUCCAAAAACCUAUAAAAGCAGAAAACAGUUUGAAGAUUUAUCCCAGAAAAGCUUUAAAUGGCUUUAAAUCGCUAACGGCUGACGGAAAAAUAUUUACAAGACGUAGCACAAGACCGCAAUUCUUUUGUAGAGAAUCUAAACAAUCCGCCACAACUAUGAGCAUUGAUCGAAAAUCUGAUUCGUCAGCAUCACCAUUAUUUUAUCAAGAAAUAAAUAAACAAAGAAAAAGUCCACAAUUUUUCUUCAGUGGAUCUGAACAAUCUCGUACAAGAAGUGAAUCUAAAUCACCGAUUUCAUUAAACACGAGUCCACGAUAUCUUUAUCGUGAAUCUAAACGACCUGAAACAGCUUUGAGUUCUGAUCGUGAAACCAUAGAUCGAGAAAUAUUAAAAGAGCGCAAUACGAUUGAUUUCGAUAAAAAAAUUCGAACAAAUCUCGAUCGAAAAACUUCGUUUAAAUCGCCAUCAUUUGAAAGGGAAAUAUUAAAAAAGCAAAACACCAGUCCACAAUUCUUUUGUAGAGAAUCCGAACGAUCUGGAACAACAAUGAGCAUUGGACGAAGAUCUGAUUCGUCUCCAGAAUCACCGUUGUUUUAUCAAGAAAUCAAACGAAAUAAAAGUCCGUAUUUUUUUCUCAGCGAAUCUGAGCAAUCUCAUACAACAAAUAAAUCUAAAUCACCAAUAUGGGACAGAGAAAUUGUUUCAAGACAAAGUACGAGUCCACAAUAUCUGCGUCGUGAAUUUAAACGCUCCGAAACAUCUAUGAGUACUGAUCGAGAAACUAUAAGAUCUAAAUCGCCAGAAUGGAAUAAGGAAAUAUUAACAAAACGAGAUACGACCGAUUUUGAUAAAAAAUUUCGAAUUUUAGAUAAAAAUCUCGAUGGAAAAAUAUCUUCUAAAUCGCCAUUCUAUGAAAAAAAAAUAUUUAAAAAACAAAGUACCAGUCCGCGAUUCUUUUGCAAAGAAUCCGAACGAUCUGGCACAACUAUGAGCAUUGAUAGCCUUGCUGAUUAUUCUCGAUCGCCAUCACAUGAUCGAGGAAUAAUAACAAAGCGAAGUGCAAGUCCGCAAUUUUUCUGCAAAGAAUCUGAAAAAUCUGCUACAACAAUGUUAAUUAAACCAAGAUCGAGCUCGACGGAUUCCACUAAAAAUAUAUUAAAACAGCGUAAUUAUACUCCAGAUAUUUCUUAUAAACAAUCCAUAAAACCUUUACUAUCAAUUGAUAAAAUUAAUUCUUUACAAGAUAGACGGAGUCCUUCGAUUAUCAAACACGAAAUAAAGAAAACAGAUUCUCGCAGGUCAUCGAAAAUUUCGGAAAUCUCUGCAACAUCGACCAGUUCGAUCGCAAGUCUGAAAUAUGGCAUGGAAUUUGACAAUAUUUUCCAAUCAGCAGGACUCGUUCGUAAAUUUAUGAAAUCUCAAAAUGGAAAACAACGAAGCAAAGUUUGCCAAUCGCCUUUUAAACGAAAUAUUAAAAAUAUAAAUGCUUCGAUUGCGAAAAAUGAUCAAUCGAGGAAUCGAUAUAAAAUAUCUUCGUCACCUUUCCAGAAAGCAAGUUCGCCUCUCUUUCGAUCUUUCGAAAGUAGAAGGAGGGCUACACCGGAAUCGCCUCGCAAAAGUAUCACUCCAAUAGAAGUCGAUACGGAGGUUCAAGAAAUCAUUAUGACUGAUCAUCGUCUUGAACGCGACAAUAAGUUACGAAAGGCGGAGACUCCAAUAUCGAGGCGACAAAUUGAUGGAACGUAUACAAAAUCAUUGAACGAUAAAAGAAAAUUCAAAUCCUCGGUUACUUAUCCCGUUCGCAAAGUGCACAAGCAGAAAGCAUCUAUUUUAAAAUCAAAUGUCUUCAAAUCGAAGGAAGAUUCUUUCAAAAGAAGCAAAGGGUCCAAAGAUUAUCGAACGUAUCGAGAUAGCAAGGAAAGCGCAAUCAGUCUGAAUAAGCUCGGUUGUAAUCCUGUAAGCGAAACUUCUCAACGUGUCAUAACUCGUGCCAAGGAAGAUGAAAAUCGAGUAUGUAAAGUUAAUACAUUUCAAACACAUAAAUGCGUAAAAAAUCAAGCUGAACUUUCUACAUUUCGAUCCAGGAAACACGAAGAUCGACAGUAUACGAUUCCUCGAUCUCCAAAACAGACACGAGAUCGAUCUACGGAAAGUCGCAUUUCGAAAGCAAUGUCUCCUGAUUCUUUUAGGAAAAGAAAAUAUUCCGAUGAUGUAGUUUCGCGUUUACGCGACCCUGAGGAAAGAAGUGGAGAAACGCGAACAGAAUUCGAUCGACUGCAAAGCUUAUCCACUCGAAUAGUGCAAGAUACUUUAAAGGAAAAAAAUCUAUCCGUAUCUGAUGAAUAUAAUCAAAAAAGAACAGAAAACAAGACUGAAAAUGCAGUAGAUGGGAUCGACGUAAAAUAUCAAACGAUAGUUGAAACGGCUCUGAAUAAGAAGAUUAAGGAUUAUCGCAAAAUUACACGCCCAAACUCCACUGAUCAAACAGAUAAAGAUAUCACCAUUCGAGGAACGCGGAUGUCGACGACAUUGAAUAUUUCAAAGAAAAAAAAAGAUGGUGAUAGACGACACGAUGCAAAGUCUAACAUUUCACCGCGAGUCCCGCCUUUAAGAGAAACUGCAAAAAGUUUUCGGAGUGCUGACACCUCAAAAAUUUUGCCAUCUCAGAGAGUCGCAUCCAAAAUGAAUCGAAAUUUCACGUCCAAAUUUUCCACAAACACCAUCAAAGACAGAAAUGCGCCAAUUGCGAAAAAAUCGGCGAACUUAUUUAAUAAAACAAAUGUAAAACAUAAGAUUGAGGAGUCGGAAGACACUGCGGGGAAAUUUUCAAAAAUACAAACGCGACAAGAGAAUAAAUCCGAAAAAGAUUUCGAAAGAAUGAGCUCUGUAGAGUCGGCAUUAAAAAGAUUUGAUUCCAUCGGCGCAGAAUUUGAACAUUCAGGCCCGACGAGUUUCCGCGUAUCUCCCGAGAUUUCUCUACAGAUGAUGGAUGUGCAAACAAAAAGUUCUGUUAAGCAGACAGUCACUUCAGGAGGAUCAACGUUAACUACUUCUGAAAUAACAAAUAAUACAGUUUCAAAAUCGACUCCAAAAUCUUCGGUCAACAAAAAUCUGAAAGUUAAAAAUUUUCCACGUAAAAGCGAUUUAAAAAUUCUUGGCAAGGAAAUUUGUUCCUCCAAAAAAAGAAUUGGAAACUCGAUCCAAAACAAGCAGAGAUCGACGCAAACUCGAUCUCCAACGUGUAAACGGCGGUUAUUCGAAUCUGAUUCAGAAAAAGAGACUCAAAAAUCGAAUUAUGCAAAAGCGCGUAAGAAAGAAAAUUAUUCUUCCGUAAGUUUUAGAUUUGAUAAGGACAAAUCGGUUUCAAAGGUAAGAUCUUCCGAGAAUCUCAAUUGUAAGGACACAAAAGAAUGGAAAAGAUUGCAAGAAACGCCAAUGUCUUCCGUGAAAGCAUUACGAUCUAUCGAGGAUAUUCGCAAAUCAAUCGAUAGCGAACCAAAUAAACUAAUCACUGCAAAAGAGUCGAGCUCAGCAAUUGCAAAUCGGCAUUCGGUUUCGCGACAGCAUGUCGACGCGAGAAGAUCGAUCUCUGCGACCGAUGCAGCGAAAAACGUAUUUCUCAGAGGCGAUCCGGCGAGAUUGACUAAAGCUAAAUCCUGUGUAUCCAGGAUCACGAAAAGCCCGAGUCCCGAUUCAGCUACGAGAAAGCAUCACGAAACGAACACGCGAGCGACAAGAGAAAGCGCACCUUCAUCUCCUUCCAAAAGUCCCGAUAUUGCUUCGAAAUAUGCCUCUACGAUAGAGUCGAAAAAUCAAGAAGCAAAACUUUCGAGAAAAUCAACGAUCGCGAAAGGUGCAGAUUCGAUCGGAAGUAAAACUACUACAAUCGGAGUUGGUGACACAACAGAUGGUGUCGCUCUCCAAAACGGUUCGCUACACGAAUCUACGACAAAGAAGCCCGAUGCUUUUAUAGUCGACUUUGAUAAUCAAUCCACAGAAGGUGACGCAGGGUCGACGAAAAAGUCGUCAACGAAGAAGUCUUAUAACAAUAAGCAACAAACAGUUUCCAGCACAGAUCGACCAAGCUCGUCGGUGUCAUCAAAUUCCAGUGCUAGCUUAACUCAUGGUCAAGUUUCUAGCUCGAAAAGUAAAAUGACAACAAGAGCUAAGGCACCCACUUCCGGUGGACCGCAAGCCAGAGGAUCAGCAAGAUCUAACGGAAAUUCCGCUGAUAAUUUGGUAGCUUGUAAAACAUGUGGACGUACUUUCGCUGAUGAUCGAAUCGGCUACCAUGAAAAAAUCUGUGUGAAAGUAGCGAAUAUGAAGAGGAAGAAGUUUGAUGCAAUGACAUCCCGAAUCAAAGGAACUGAACUCGAACCUUUUGCCAAGAAAGGAAUUAAGAAACAAGAGACGAAGAAACCACAGGUGAAAUCCGAUUGGCGGCGCAAACACGAGGAUUUCAUCAACACGAUUCGUUCCGCUAAGCAAUUUCAAGCACAUGUGGCAGCAGGUGGAAACUCAAGCGACUUUCCACCACCUCCACCCAGCGAUACCAGCGAUUACAUCCAAUGUCCGCACUGCAACAGAAAGUUUAAUCAGGCUGCAGCAGAACGACACAUUCCCAAAUGCGAAACUAUGCUUCAUAAUAAACCAGCGCACUUACGAGCGUCAAAACCGAGACGCUAGCAAGAUUACAAUGAUCUUCCCAGCCUAAAUCCUACGCGAAUCAAUUUUGUGCUUUCUAAUAAAUUAAUCAUAGUCACUGUCUAGGUACACUAUUUCUCCCCUCUUCGUGGAUUUACACACUGAAAAAAAAAUUUGUUAACUAAACCUUUCAACUAAAUUACUAU